AAGGCAAAUCAGACAGAAGUGUGAAACUUGCUUUGCCGACGACACGAGCUUCGAACACGUUGUCUUACACAGGAACCUUGACGCCACCAAGCGGAAUCGGAAUACCUCUGGGAAUACCUCCUCUACCUCCUGAUCGACCUGGUCCUCAGUCGAAUACCCACAAAACCUGCUCCGGCUGUGGCCAACUCAAGCCUAAGGAAGACUUUAAGCCCAAGCGAGGCAAUAAGGAGACAGCUCAAUGUAUUGACUGCCGUGAAAGAGUUGGGUCACACAUGUCCAAGAAGCGUCUGCUAUACAGGGAGCAUCGCGUCCAUCGUCGUGGUGGCGAGGAAAACGUCUCAGACACCCGAAUUGUCUCGGUUCCUCGGUCCGCAGGCAGGCCCUCAUAGUGCCGUCGAUCAACGUUUACCGAUCACGUCUUCACAGCGUUCCCAGUCCUCCUUUGACGAAUCGCCAUGACCUGCAGCUCAAUACUUCAUCUGCGAUGCCUGUGAGAUACCGCGUGCCUCGGCACGUCGCAUGCGAAACACCGAUGGCAACUAUUGCACCUCCGGUCAAUAUGGGACCGUGAUUGACAAUCAACUGGCGUGAUGUAUUCCUGGCAGACAUGAGGUGGAUCGACGUUCCUUCUUUCGGGAUGAUGGGGUGGAAUCUCAACCAUGCCAUGGCUGUCACAAUCAAGGGCUCUCUUUCAGCGCUUCACGUCUCUCAGUGGGCCGUGGUGGAGGUGGCGAUAGCCGUGAUCAGUCUCCUUCCAGUUCUACUGGUCGAGCGAGUCCUUCACAGCGUGUGGUUAAUACCCAGAUCGAGAAUCUCCCAGGUACCUGACCCACCAUUGGAUCCUUAUGAUGCUGAUAAUCCUGCUCUCACAGACGCGGAUUGGCAAUGCAUUCAAGAUUUCCAUCAAGCACUUGAGUCAGACAAGUUAGAGGAAUGUCUUCGCUGCCGCGAGAAGUGGUUUGACAUGAAUUUAAACCUCGCAAGUGUCUGCGCUCGUUGCAUUCGAGUUGAUAGCAUUCAUCCCAAGAGGCGUGGGAAGGACACAGAUCCAUUCCUCUAUAGCCAUGAUAUCGAAAUCGCCACCGACAGGUCGUAUCGAGGAAAGCUUUCAACGAGAUGGAGAGACGGCGACAUGGUCCUGGUGGGACUUGCCUGGUCGCGAACCGGCCGGUGCUCGGACGGAUUUGUUGGACACUCUUCAAUCUACUAUUAUGCUCCCCUUAUGGUCGUUGUAUACACAACUUUAUGAGGGGAAACAGAAAGCCGAUUGAAAGAACAGAACCAUAUGGACGUGUUCCCGGUGUGGGAUUCGGAUCGGCGCGACCUCGAUUAUUCGCUGACGGCAUCGAAGUCUAUCCACCGUCGUCUGGUCGCCAUAGACAAGGAUAAGUUGUCGCUCGAACUUUGGAUUCUCUUCCUCUUGUUUCGGUUGCCGAAUCAUAGAAGCGGAUGAACAGAGGGGCACUACCCGUUCCUCGCGCAGGAUACGCGUCCAGUCAUCGGUCUUCCUCAAUGGGCAUCAGAAAGGCCCGAAACUGGAAACAAAGGAUUAUGAUUCAUACAUACUCCAUUGCUGGCGCUCGCACGCACCGGCACGAGAACAGGCUGAUAAUAUUGCUCGUGUAGCAGCUCUACAAGCCGAGAAUCAAUCUUAGCAGCAAUUCCGUGUCGCGAUGGUAGAUGGAUACAUUCCUUGCGUUGCAGCGUAGCGACCCUUCAAAAGGCCCGGUGGCGUAUAUGGAUGUGCACAAGUGCGUAUGGGAUGAAAAUCCAGAAAGGAAACAGGAAGGGGUUUCUCCUCGCUCGUCUCACGCCACAGCCAGUGCCGGUGAACCGCCGUCUGAUCGCAGGUCCGAUGAAGAUGCCGACGAGUCUGAGACCAACCCUUUCAAACCCCCCACUUCCUUUCAGCCUCCGCGCCAAGGACCAACAGCGAGGCCACCGAUCCGUGGGCGCGCGGUCGCGGCCCAAAUUGUGCAGGACCGGGCUUUGAUGGCCGACGCCCGACGCCC